UAUCACUUUUUCUUGACUGUUAAAUAGUAAAUAAUUUGAAAUAUUUCGAGUUUGAAUUUUAUUUUUUUUUAAUUGAAUUAGAUCAGUAGUCAGUAGGUACCUAUUACAAUUUUUAACUUUUAAUUAUAUCAACAUUAUUGAAUAACAAUCCAUCAUAGUAUUUUUUCAUAUUUAUUGAAUUAUGUAUUUAUGUAGUGGCAUAACGUAUUUAAUUAAUUACAUUGUUACAUGCAUAUUUUUGUGAAUAUUUAAAAAUUAUGGCUACUGAUAUUGAAUGUUUAAAAUGGAAUACAACAAGUUUCAAACCAUCUAAUGUUUUGGAUUAUACAGAAUACACUUUAGCAUUGAAACCGUCACAUUGGCUAAACCUGAAGACAAAGGGCAACACCACAAAACUGUCUUAUUUAGGACUAACACAGAGAUUAGCAUCUUUAGAUAAUCUUAAUAAUUUAUAUGUAUAUGAUUGGUCUAAAGCUGAUUUAAAAACUAUAAAGUCAAAAUAUGAACAUAAUAGUAAACUUACAAGUUUGGCGAGUAAUUCUUCAGGAAAUCAAAUAGUUACAUGCUCAGAUAACGGAAAAAUCCAAUUGUGGAACUUUAAAUUUUCAAGUUUGAAGAUGUUAACUGAAUUCAGAGGUCAUUAUCAAUGUGCACGUAAUGUUGAGUAUUCUAUCGACAAUAAAUAUUUAAUAUCUUGUUCCAAUGAUAAAACAUUUAAAAUAUGGGAUUGUCAAUCUAAUAAGUUUGUUGCUAGUAAUAUGUUUCAUCGUAAUUGGGUUAACAUAGCAAAGUUUUUCAAAGAAGAUAAACUUGUCGUUUCCUGUUCAAAAGAUUCGUUUAUACAAGUUUUUGAUUGUUGCUCAGGAAAAUGCGUUAUAAAGUUUAACCUAAGUCCAGAUUUUGCAGAAUCACUUUCAGUAAAAGAAGAGUUCUCAAUAGCAGUGGGUACACAAUUAGGGUCCAUUCAAAUUUUUGAUUUGAGAGCUUUAAAAGUUUUACAAAAAUACAGUGAGCAUAAUAGUCAAGUAAAUUGUAUUCAAUAUCAAAAUAGGACUCCGUGUUUGGUCUCAGUUUCAAAAGAUAAAAAACUUAAUGUUUAUGAUACAAAUGAAGGUAGAUUUUUGUAUUCAAUUGAUCAUUUUAAUGAAAUAAAAUCAAUGAAUAUUUCUUCAGAUGAUAAAUUACUUGCAACAACAUCAUUUCAUUUUGACAAUGAGAUUACUUUAUGGAAAGCAGAGACACUGAAAAUUUAAAGGUUUUAUGCAGUUUACAUUCUUAGAUUUAUAUGGUACUAUGUAAAGUUUUUUCUGUACAUAUUAUAUUUUAUUUAUUUGUAAAAAUUAUUCAUUUAUAAAUUAUAGAUAUUUAAAAAAAAAUGCGCUUUAU